GAGAGAAGAGCAGAGAGUGCAGAGAAAAGCGAGAGAGAAAGCAGAAGAGAGAAAGCCUGAAACCCCAAAUCGGAGAAUGGCGGAGUCGUCGAGCAGCGGUCUCACCUUCAAGCUCCACCCUCUGGUGAUGGUCAACAUCUCCGACCACUACUCCCGUGUCAAGUCUCAGAUGAACCCUCCCAUCGCCUCCCACAGCGCCACGGCAACAACAACCACCAACGGCUCCGAAGCCGCCGUCGAAACGGCGUCGUCUUCCUCGUCCUCCGCCGCACCGUCCCCGCGAGUUUUCGGCUGCGUCAUCGGCGUCCAGCGAGGCCGCACCGUCGAGAUCUUCAACAGCUUCGAGCUCCUCUACGAUCCCGAGACUCACUCGCUCGAGCGUGGCUUCCUCGAGAAGAAGCAGGAGCUCUAUAAGAAGGUUUUCCCUAAUUUUUACAUACUGGGAUGGUACUCGACCGGGUCUGAUGCUCAGGAAUCCGAUAUGACUAUUCACAAAGCUUUGAUGGAUAUCAAUGAGAGCCCUGUUUAUGUUCUCCUCAACCCUGUGAUCAAUCCUGCUCAGAAGGACCUCCCGAUCACUAUUUACGAGAGUGAGCUGCAUGUCAUUGAUGGGGUUCCACAGCUAAUAUUUGUCAGUUCAAGCUACACAAUUGAGACGGUGGAAGCUGAACGUAUCUCAGUUGAUCAUGUUGCUCAUCUUAAACCAUCUGAUGGAGGUUCAGCUGCAACUCAAUUGGCUGCUCAUCUUACAGGAAUCCACAGUGCCAUCAAGAUGCUCAAUAGCAGAAUUAGAGUGCUUCAUCACUAUCUUCAAGCUAUGCAGAAAGGAGAUAUACCCUGUGAAAAUUCACUGCUAAGACAAGUAUCAAGUCUUCUGAGAAGGCUGCCAGCUGUUGAAUCAGGGAAAUUUCAAGAUGACUUUUUGAUGGAAUACAAUGACACAUUGCUGGUUACAUAUCUAGCUGUGCUUACCAACUGCUCAAGUACAAUGAACGAGCUGGUCGACAAGUUCAAUACUGCUUACGACAGGCAUAGCCGAAGAGGUGGAGGAGGACGAACUACUUUCUUCUGAAGACCACUUCCCAUAUCUGACAGAUCGGACAGUCUGGGAUCCUUGGAUAUCUUUUUCGGAUGUUAAUCUGUUUUAGAUUUUGAGUGGACAGCUAGCUAUAUUGUUGAGACCUAAACAGUUCCAAAAGAAAUAUAAAUUGCGUAGGUUCAUCAUCACUCUUUUGUUUCUCCCCCACCCAAUUUUGGAUAAUGAUUUACGGUGGCCAGGAAAGGGGCGAGGUUGAAGUAAAAUACAAGCUCUAGUUCCUUGGUUUC